CACAAACAUGGAAGAGGACGAGUCUCCAGCGGCUGAUAAACGGCUCGGGUUUUUAGAAGAAUAUGUCCUCAAAACCAUGAAGCUCAAGUCUGACCGCUGGCAGAAAUGCCUGGCGGUGGAGGAGCACAAACAAGUGAUCCAGGACUUCUUGGAUAAACCUGACCACACGACCCUCGUGGUGUCUCUGAGCGCCGCCGGUCAGCUGAUACCCGCUUCAGGCUUUGCCGGGGCUUCGAAGAACAAAGCGGUUUAUUUCAUCAAACGGAGCCAAACCGCUCUCUCCUCGGACACAAUGAGGGCUAACGUACUGCACGGAGACAUGUCCAGCUCCGCUCUGGAGCAGUUCUCCGCCUUUGUGGAAGAGGUUGUGGUUCCAGUGCUGCUCAACAACAAAAACCACUGUCAGUGGCCGCACGUUGUCUCUGAGGACCUAAUGCGACACGUCCAUGCCCUGAAGACCAGUGUGUUUGUGGUCGCUGGACAAGUCAAAGGCAAAACUCUCCUUCCUCUCCCCCCAGGGUCAGAGAGAAUCGAACAGGCUGCUUUUGAGAGAGAAAAGAGAGGGGAUCUGGUUGAUAAGAGCAUCAUCCACUCUAUUGAAUCUAUGGUGAUUGAGUGGAGUCAUCAGAUUCAUGAGGUUCUCAAGAGAGAUUCGUCUGAGCCGCUACUGGAAGGCAAAAAUCCUACCCCACAUGAGGAGCUGAACUUCUGGAAAAACAGAUAUGCGGACCUUGAAUGCAUACAUGACCAAUUUAAGUCACCUAAAGUGGCCAAGAUGGCAGAACUUCUGGAUGCGAUGGAGAGUAGCUAUUACCUUGCUUUUAGAAAUAUGGUACAGGAUGUCAUGAGAGCUCUUGAGGAGGCAAAGGACAUUAAUACCUUCCUGAAGCCAAUACAGCGACAUACAGAAGACUUGGAGAACAUAGAGUUCAGUGAAGUGAAAGGACGAAUUGCACCCCUCAUGCACACCUUGUGUCUAGUGUGGGCCAACUCCAAGCACUACAACACUCCAGCCAGAGUGAUAGUGCUCCUCCAAGAGAUCUGCAAUCUCUUCAUUCAACAGGCUCGGAGUUAUCUUAACCCUGAGGACAUCCUGAAAGGUGAGGUGGUGGAGAGCCUUGCACGUGUGCAGACAGCUCUGGAUGUACUUACACACUUCAAGAGUGUCUUUGAAGACAGAAGAAACAGCCUUAGUCAGUACCGGAGAAAUGGAAUGGAGGUCAAGCCCUGGGACUUCUCCCCUUUCAUGGUGUUUGCUGGGCUGGACCGCUUCAUGGAGAGAUUAAAAAUGAUUGAAACUUUGCUGCUGACUGUGGUUGAUGUGAUGAAGCUGGAGAAGCUGGAGUUUGGAGGUGUUCGUGGAAGAUCUCUCGGUCAGCAGGUUCUGUGGCUGCAUGAGGAGUUCCUGGAGAAAUAUAAAAUAUUUUCAGAGAAGUCUUAUGACUGCCUUGAUGUUUAUAAUUCGGAGUUUGAAGCUGAUUUCAAUGAGUUUAAGCUCAAGGUAGAAGACACAGAUCGACGCCUGGGUGCAAUUUUUUGUCAGGCUUUUGAUGACUCUUCUGGCCUGGAGCAUGCCUUCAAGGUUCUGGACAUGUUUGGCAGUCUUCUGGAGCGUCCCCUGAUAGCAGCUGAUGCUCAGAAGAAAUACCCUGCGCUGAUCACGAUGUUUGACAAGGAGCUCGACUGCUGCAAGACUCUGUACAAAAGGCACAUGCAGAGCGAGGAGGAGCUCGGUUACACCCUUGUCAAUAAGAACAUGCCUGUUGUAGCAGGUGGACUGAAAUGGGCCCAGCAACUACAGGAACGUAUACAGGUCCCAUACAACAACUUCAGAUAUAUCAGUCAUCCAUGUAUAGAAUCAGCAGAGGGAGUAAAAGUCAUGCAGAAAUAUGACGAAAUGAUGCUGUUGCUCAAAAGAUACUCCUCUAAGCUUUAUGACAAAUGGACAGACUCUGUGGGAGAGAAGUCUCAGUACAAUCUUAAUCAGCCGCUCUUAUCCAGAGACCCGACCACCAGACGCAUCACGGUCAACUUCAACCCACAGUUGGUGUCAGUGUUGCGAGAGGUUAAGUACCUGGAGGCCAGACAAGCUGAGGACAUUCCAGAUCUAGCUGCUGAUAUUUACUCCAAUAAAGAGCUGAUGUGGCAGUACGUGGCCAACCUGGAGCUUACGGCUGGCUGGUACAACAAGGUGAUUCAGACAGUGCUGGAGGUGGAGUUUCCUCUGAUCCAGAGCCAGCUCAGAAAUAUUGACAUCCAGCUCAAAGAGGCUGAGGACACUAUCAACUGGACAAGCAAAGGGAUUUGGGAGUACAUUCAAGAUGUCCGUGAAGCAGUACAUGACCUUGAAAAACGACUGCAGAGGACCAAAGAUAACGUGGAUGAAAUCCAGAGCAUCAUGAAGAUGUGGGCUAAUCCCAUCUUUGAGAGGAAGGAGGGAAAAAAAGACAGCCUUCUCAGUCUGGAGGAUAAAAUGGAGCGCUUAGAGAGAACCUAUAGCCAGAUCCACACCUCCGGGUCCAAGAUUCAUUUGUUACUGAAGGAUAACUUGUCACUCUUCAACGCGGACCCCUCAUCAGCUGAAUGGAGGUCGUACAUGGAUUAUGUUGAUGAAAUGGUCGUAGACGGCUUCUUCAAUAGCAUCGAGAGUUCCCUAAAAUUCUUCUUGGACAAUACAGACCAGAAGCCUGGAUUGGCUCCUCUCUUUGAAGCUCAGUUAGACCUGCAGGUUCCUGAAUUGGUGUUUCAUCCCUCUCUGGAGUUUGGGGCAUCUGAUGGCUUCUUUGACUUAGUGGAGAGUCUCAUCAAUGAUGUCUACAGGAUCUCCUCUUUGGUACCACGGCUGGCUGAGCAUAGUAGCUUUCCACACUACCAGGCUGAUAUGGAGGACAUGGCAGACCUUGCAGACAUGCGUCAGCUUCUAAUGGAGCGUGUGCAGAGGGUCAUGGCACAGUGCUGCGAGCACCGUAAUGGAUUUGAACGCUACGCUUACCUUUAUGUCGACGACAGGAAAGAGUUUAUGAGACAGUUCCUGCUUUAUGGCCACGUUCUCACGAGUGAGGAGAUCGAGGCUCACGCUGAGGACGGGGUCCCAGAGAACCCUCCCACUCUGGAGAGGUUCCGUGAGCAAGUGGACUCCUACGAGAGUGUAUAUGAAGAAGUGCAGAAGCUAGAGCCUGUCCAUGUGUUCGAGGGCUGGAUGAGGGUGGACGCACGGGCCUUUAAAAGUGCUCUGCUCAACAUCAUCAAAAAGUGGAGCCUCAUGUUCAAACAACAUCUUAUCGACCAUGUAACACACAGUUUGUCUGAUCUAGAAGAGUUUAUUAAAUAUGCUGAGAGUGGUCUUAGUAAGAAGGUGGAGGAGGGGGACUAUGCUGGCCUGGUGGAGGUUAUGGGUCACUUAAUGGCGGUGAAAGAGAGACAGAGUGCCACUGAUGAAAUGUUUGAGCCACUGCAGCACACCAUUGAUCUGCUGAAGACAUAUGAGCAGGAACUGCCAGAUGUGGUGUACAAACAGCUUGAGGAGCUGCCUGAGAAAUGGACUAACAUCAAGAAGCAAGCUGUGGUAGUGAAGCAGCAUGUGGCUCCCCUGCAGGCCAGCGAGGUAGCUAACCUGCGCAGGAAAUGUGCCACGUUUGAUGUGGAGCAGCACAGCUUCAGGGAACAUUUCCGCACCCAUAGUCCUUUCAGGUUUGACAGCAUGAACGCAUAUGUGAUGCUGAACACAGCCCACAAACAGAUUCAGGAGAAGGAAUCUGUCAUGGCUGGACUCACUGAGUCAGCUAGCCUGUUUGAAGUCAACAUUCCUGACUACAAACAACUCAAGCAGUGUCGCAAAGAGGUGUCCAUUCUCAAAGAACUGUGGGACAUAAUCUCGGUGGUCCAGUUUAGUCUUGAUGCCUGGCGCACCACCCCAUGGCGAGAUAUCAACGUGGACGAGAUGGAUAUGGAGUGCAAGCGGUUCUCCAAGGAGCUGCGAACCCUGGAUAAAGAGGCCCGAGCAUGGGACGCCUUUUGCGGUCUGGACAGUACUGUGAAGAACACUCUGACAUCCCUUCGCGCCGUAGCCGAGCUCCAGAAUCCAGCCAUUCGGCCCAGACACUGGCAGCAGCUUAUGAUGGCCACGGGGGUCCGUUUCAGCAUGGAUGAGGACACCACACUGGCUGACUUGCUGAACCUCAACCUGCACCACUUUGAGGAUGAGGUGAGGGGCAUCGUGGACCGAGCUGUGAAGGAGAUGGGCAUGGAGAAGGUACUGACUGAGCUGGAUGCUACCUGGACUGCGAUGGAAUUUGGAUACGAGUCUCACCCACGGACCGGCAUUCCUCUUCUCAAAUCAGAUGAGGACCUAGUCGAGACACUGGAAGACAACCAGGUGCAGCUGCAGAACCUCAUGUCAUCCAAGCACAUUGCGUUCUUCCUGGAAGAAGUGUCUUCAUGGCAGCGCAGACUCUCAGUGGCUGACUCGGUCGUCUCUAUCUGGUUUGAGGUGCAAAGAACCUGGUCGCACCUGGAGAGCAUUUUCAUUGGCUCAGAGGACAUCCGUUCACAGUUACCAGAGGAUUCCAAGCGCUUUGAAGGAAUUGAUACAGAUUUCAAAGAGCUGGCACAUGAUGCACAUAAAACGCCCAAUGUUGUGGAGGCCACCAAUAAACCUGGGCUCUACAGCAGACUGGAGGACAUUCAGAGCAGGCUGGCUCUUUGCGAGAAGGCUCUGGCUGAGUAUCUGGACACCAAGCGGCUUGCCUUCCCCAGGUUCUACUUCAUCUCCUCUGCUGACCUGCUGGACAUUCUUUCCAAUGGCACUGACCCUCAGCAGGUUCAGAGGCAUCUGUCCAAGUUGUUUGACAACACAGCAAAGAUGAAAUUUGAGACUGAUGCCGAUGGCAACCCCACCAAGAUGGGGCUGGGAAUGUUCAGUAAGGAGGAAGAGUAUGUUCCAUUCAAUGAGCGCUGUGACUGCACCGGCCAGGUUGAAAUAUGGCUGAAUAGAGUUCUGGACACAAUGCGGGCUACUGUGCGCCAUGAGAUGACAGAGGCAGUUGUAACAUAUGAAGAUAAACCCAGGGAACAGUGGCUGUUUGAUUAUCCUGCUCAGGUUGCACUCACCUGUACUCAGAUCUGGUGGACGUCUGAUGUGGGGAUGGCCUUCUCUAGGCUGGAGGAAGGCUAUGAGAACGCUAUGAAGGAGUACUAUAAGAAACAAGUGAGCCAGCUAAACACCCUCAUCACCAUGCUGAUUGGGCAGCUUAGCCCUGGGGACAGGCAGAAAGUCAUGACCAUCUGCACCAUAGACGUCCACGCCAGAGAUGUGGUGGCAAAGAUCAUCGCUCAGAAGGUGGAGAACUCUCAGGCCUUUGUGUGGCUAUCUCAGCUGCGCCACCGCUGGGAUGAGAGCGAGAAGCACUGCUUCGCCAACAUCUGCGAUGCGCAGUUCCUCUACUCCUAUGAGUACCUGGGCAACACGCCACGCCUCGUCAUCACACCGCUCACGGACAGAUGCUACAUCACACUGACCCAGUCGCUGCAUCUCACCAUGAGUGGAGCUCCAGCUGGCCCUGCUGGCACAGGGAAAACGGAGACCACCAAGGACUUGGGUCGAGCGCUCGGCAUUAUGGUCUAUGUGUUCAACUGCUCUGAGCAGAUGGACUACAAGUCCUGUGGCAACAUCUACAAAGGCCUGGCCCAAACGGGCGCCUGGGGCUGCUUCGAUGAGUUUAACCGGAUCUCUGUGGAAGUGCUGUCUGUGGUCGCUGUGCAGGUGAAAAGUAUCCAGGAUGCCAUUCGAGACAAGAAGAAACGCUUUAACUUCAUGGGCGAGGAGGUGAACCUGUUCCCUUCAGUAGGAAUAUUCAUCACUAUGAAUCCGGGCUAUGCUGGCAGGACGGAGCUGCCAGAGAAUCUCAAAGCGCUUUUUCGGCCCUGUGCCAUGGUAGUGCCAGACUUUGAGCUGAUCUGUGAGAUCAUGCUGGUAGCAGAGGGCUUUAUCAAUGCCAGACUGCUGGCCAGGAAAUUCAUCACUCUCUACCAGCUCUGCAAGGAGCUUCUAUCCAAACAGGACCACUAUGACUGGGGUCUGCGGGCUAUUAAGUCUGUGCUGGUGGUGGCCGGCUCUCUGAAGCGGGGCGACCCAGAGCGGCCAGAGGAUCAGGUGCUGAUGAGGGCGCUGCGAGAUUUUAACGUGCCAAAGAUCGUGACGGACGACAUGCCUGUCUUCAUGGGCCUGAUCGGAGACCUUUUCCCAGCUCUGGACGUCCCCCGUAAGAGAGACCUGGACUUUGAAAAGUUUGUCAAACAGUCUGUGCUGGACCUGAAGCUACAGGCUGAAGACAACUUUGUACUGAAGGUGGUGCAGCUGGAGGAGCUUUUGGCUGUGCGCCACUCUGUGUUUGUGGUGGGCAAUGCCGGCACAGGAAAGUCUCAGGUGCUGAAGUCCCUCAACAAGACCUAUCAGAACAUGAAGCGCAGGCCCGUGUGGGCAGACCUCAACCCCAAAGCCGUCACCAACGAUGAGCUGUUCGGCAUCAUUAACCCAGCCACACGAGAGUGGAAAGAUGGCCUGUUUUCUAAUAUCAUGCGUGAGUUGGCCAACAUCAGCCAUGCGGGGCCCAAGUGGAUUGUGCUGGAUGGCGAUAUUGAUCCAAUGUGGAUUGAGUCUUUGAACACAGUAAUGGACGAUAACAAGGUGCUGACUCUGGCCAGUAAUGAGAGGAUUCCUCUGAACCCUACGAUGAGGCUGGUGUUUGAGAUUAGCCACCUCCGCACUGCUACUCCUGCUACUGUCUCCAGAGCCGGUAUUUUAUACAUCAACCCAGCGGAUUUAGGCUGGAACCCACCAGUGUCAAGCUGGAUUGACAGGAGAGAGGUUCAGUCAGAGAAAGCCAAUCUGACCAUCUUGUUUGACAAGUACCUCCCACCAUGUCUGGAUACUCUGAGAUCAAGAUUCAAGAAGAUCAUCCCAAUCCCAGAGCAGAGUAUGGUCCAGAUGCUGUGCCACCUCCUGGAGUGUCUGCUGACCCCAGAGCACACGCCACCAGACUGUCAUAAAGAACUCUAUGAGCUCUAUUUUGUCUUUGCUGCCAUCUGGGCCUUUGGAGGGGCCCUGUUCCAAGAUCAGCUGGUGGAUUACAGAGUGGAGUUCAGUAAGUGGUGGGUGACGGAGUUCAAAACCAUCAAGUUCCCCUCUCAAGGCACUGUAUUUGACUACUACAUCGACCCAGAGACUAAAAAGUUUGAACCAUGGUCUAAGAUGGUGCCCAAAUUUGAAAUGGAUCCAGACGUACCUCUCCAGGCGUGUCUGGUUCACACCACAGAGACUAUUCGGGUGAGCUACUUCAUGGAGCGUCUGCUGGAGAGGAGACGGCCCAUCAUGCUGGUGGGAAACGCUGGCACGGGCAAAUCUGUGUUGGUUGGGGGCAAACUGGCCUCUCUGGACCCUGACAAAUACAGCAUCAAAAAUGUCCCCUUCAACUACUACACCACAUCAGCCAUGCUGCAGGGUGUUUUGGAGAAGCCUUUAGAGAAGAAAGCAGGAAGGAACUACGGCCCCCCGGGGAGCAAGAGGCUCAUCUACUUCAUAGAUGACAUGAACAUGCCAGAAGUGGACGCCUACGGCACAGUGCAGCCACACACGCUCAUCCGCCAGCACAUGGACUACAACCAUUGGUAUGAUAGGAGUAAGCUGCAGCUGAAGGAGAUCCACAACGUGCAGUACGUGUCCUGCAUGAAUCCCACUGCUGGCAGCUUCACUAUUAACCCACGCCUGCAGCGCCAUUUCUCGGUGUUUGCUCUGUCCUUCCCUGGAGUGGACGCUCUGAAUACUAUCUACUGCAGUAUCCUUGGCCAGCACCUGAGCGGGGAAGGAUUCGGAGCUACUGUCCAGAAGAGCGGUCCCCAGCUUGUCCAGCUGGCCCUGGCCUUUCACCAGCGUGUGACCGCUACUUUCCUGCCCACCGCCAUCAAGUUUCACUAUAUCUUCAACCUGCGUGACCUCUCCAACAUAUUCCAGGGCAUCCUGUUCUGUAAAAGUGAGUGCAUGAAGACUCCUCAGGACUUGGUGAAGGUUUAUCUCCAUGAGGCCAACCGAGUUUACCGAGAUAAGAUGGUGGAAGACAAGGACUUUGCCACCUUUGACAAGCUGCAGUUGGAAAUGGUGGGCAAGUUUUACGAGGAUAUGGAGGAGGCCCUGGAGGAGGCGAAGGUGAUGAAUAUGUACUGCCACUUCGCCCUGGGCAUCGGAGAACCCAAAUAUAUGCCCGUGCAGUCCUGGGAGAGCCUCAACAAAACCCUACUGGAGGCGCUCGACAGCUACAAUGAAGUCAAUGCUGCACUGAACCUUGUCCUCUUCGAGGAUGCCAUGUGUCAUAUCUGUCGCAUCAACCGCAUCCUUGAGUCUCCCCGAGGGAAUGCCUUACUGGUUGGGGUGGGCGGCAGCGGUAAACAGAGCCUGACCAGACUGGCAGCCUUCAUCAGCUCCCUAGAGGUCUUCCAGAUCACUCUGAAGAAAGGAUACAGCAUCGCCGAUCUCAAGAGCGAUUUGGGUGCGCUGUGCAUCAAAGCUGGGGUGAAGAAUGUUGGCACGGUGUUUCUAAUGACAGAUGCCCAGGUUGCAGAUGAGAAGUUCCUCGUGUUAGUCAACGACCUUUUGGCAUCUGGUGAAAUUCCAGACCUCUUCCCUGAUGAUGAAGUUGAGAACAUCAUCAACGGUGUGAGGAAUGAAGUGCGUGGGCUGGGCCUCCUGGACAGCAAGGAAAACUGCUGGAAGUUCUUCAUUGAACGUGUCCGUCGGCAACUCAAAGUAGCCCUGUGCUUCUCCCCUGUGGGCAGCAAGCUGAGGGUGCGCGGCAGAAAAUUCCCAGCUGUGGUGAACUGCACGGUCAUCGACUGGUUCCACGAGUGGCCACAGGAGGCCCUGGAGUCAGUCAGCCUGAGGUUUCUACAGGAAGUGGAGCACAUUGAGCCGGAAGUGAAGGACUCUGUGAGCAAGUUUAUGGCCUAUGUCCACGUCAGCGUGAACAAGACCUCCAAAGACUACCUGGCCAAUGAGAGACGUUACAACUACACUACUCCCAAGUCCUUCCUGGAGCAAAUCAAGCUGUACAGGAACCUGUUGGCCCUCAAGAGGAAAGAUCUCACCAUUAAAAUGGAGAGACUAGAAAAUGGCCUGCAGAAGCUCAACAGCACUUCCGCUCAGGUGGACGACCUGAAGGCCAAGCUGGCGGCUCAGGAGGUGGACUUGAAGCAGAAGAACGAGGACGCAGACAAGCUGAUCCAGGUGGUGGGCGUGGAGACAGAGAAGGUGAGCCGUGAGAAGGCUGUCGCCGAUGAGGAGGAGCAGAAGGUGGCGAGCAUUGCCGUGGUGGUGAGCCGGAAACAGAGGGACUGUGAAGAGGACCUGGCCAAAGCUGAACCUGCUCUUGUAGCAGCCCAGGAAGCCCUCAACACGCUCAACAAGAAUAACCUGACAGAGCUGAAGUCUUUUGGCUCUCCUGUGGCUGCUGUUACGAAUGUGACCGCUGCAGUCAUGGUCCUCAUGGCUCCUGGUGGCCGGGUUCCGAAGGACCGCAGCUGGAAAGCGGCCAAGGUGAUGAUGGCCAAAGUGGACGCCUUUCUGGACAUGCUGAUUAACUUCAACAAGGAGAACAUCCAUGAGAACUGCCUGAAAGCCAUCCAGCCCUAUCUGCAGGACCCUGAGUUUAAGCCAGAGCUGGUGGCAGCUAAGUCCUACGCUGCGGCAGGCUUGUGCUCCUGGGUUAUUAACAUAGUGAAGUUCUAUGAGGUUUACUGUGAAGUGGAGCCCAAGAGACAAGCCCUGAACAAGGCCAAUGCAGAGCUAGCCACAGCUCAGGAGAAACUCUCCAUCAUCAAGGCAAAAAUCAAUCACCUUAAUGAGAACUUGGCGAAGCUGACGGCAAAGUUUGAGAAAGCCACAGCAGACAAGCUGAAGUGCCAACAAGAGGCCGAGACCACAGCACGCACAAUCUCCCUCGCUAACCGCCUGGUUGGAGGGUUGGCAUCAGAGAAUGUGCGCUGGGCCGAGGCGGUGGCUAACUUCAAACAUCAGGAGAGAACUUUGUGUGGGGAUGUUCUUCUCAUCACUGCCUUCGUGUCUUAUCUGGGCUACUUCACCAAGCGUUACCGUCACGAGCUAAUGGACAACACUUGGAAGCCAUAUCUCAGCCAGCUUACGGUGCCCAUCCCAGUCACUCCAGGGCUGGACCCUCUUACAAUGCUGAUGGACGAUGCUGACCUUGCCGCCUGGCAGAACGAGGGGCUUCCAGCGGAUCGAAUGUCCACAGAGAAUGCCACAAUCCUCACCAGCUGUGAGCGAUGGCCUCUCAUGGUGGAUCCCCAGCUCCAAGGGAUCAAGUGGAUUAAAACUAAAUAUGGAGAUGACCUUCAGGUCAUCAGGAUUGGGCAGAGAGGCUAUCUGGACUCCAUUGAGAGGGCCUUAUCUGCAGGGGAAGUUGUCCUUAUUGAGAAUCUUGAGGAGACUGUGGAUCCAGUGCUUGGACCCCUGUUGGGUCGAGAAACAAUCAAGAAGGGACGCUACAUUAAGAUUGGUGACAAGGAGUGUGAAUACAAUCCUGGUUUCCGCCUCAUCCUGCACACAAAGCUGGCUAAUCCACACUACCAGCCAGAGCUGCAGGCCCAGUGUACGCUGAUCAACUUCACUGUCACUCGUGAUGGCCUUGAGGACCAGCUGCUGGCUGCUGUGGUCAGCAUGGAGAGACCUGACCUGGAAGAGCUGAAGUCGAACCUCACGAAGCAGCAGAAUGGCUUCAAGAUCACUUUGAAAACUUUGGAAGACAACCUGCUCUCCCGCCUCUCCUCUGCUUCAGGGAACUUCCUAGGAGACACUGAGCUGGUGGAAAACUUGGAGAUAACCAAACGCACAGCUGCAGAGAUCGAAGAGAAGGUGAAGGAGGCGAAGGUGACGGAGGCCAAAAUCAAUGAGGCGAGGGAGCACUACCGUCCAGCAGCCUCCCGCGCCUCCCUCCUCUACUUCAUCAUGAACGACCUCAAUAAAAUCCACCCUAUGUACCAGUUCUCUCUCAAGGCCUUCAGCGUUGUAUUUCAGAAAGCUGUGCUGAAGGCAGCUCCAGACGAGGCCUUGAAACAGAGAGUGCUAAAUCUGAUUGACAGCAUCACGUCCUCCGUCUUCCAGUACACCACCCGCGGCCUCUUUGAGUGUGACAAACUCACAUACACGGCCCAGCUCGCCUUCCAGAUUUUACUGAUGAAUAAAGAGAUCAACCCCAGUGAGCUGGACUUUCUGCUGAGGUAUCCUGUCCAGCCUGGUGUUACAUCACCCGUGGACUUCCUCUCUCAUCACUCGUGGGGAGGAAUCAAGGCACUUUGUACCAUGGACGAGUUCCGCAACCUGGACCGAGAUAUCGAGGGCUCAGCAAAACGCUGGAAGAAGUUUGUGGAGUCUGAGUGUCCAGAGAAAGAGAAGUUCCCUCAGGAGUGGAAAAACAAGACAUCCCUGCAGAGGCUUUGCAUGAUGCGAGCUCUACGGCCAGACAGAAUGACCUACGCCGUCAGGGACUUUGUGGAAGAAAAGCUGGGCAGUAAGUACGUGAUGGGCCGCUCAGUGGACUUUGCCAUCUCCUUUGAAGAGUCUGGAGCUGCCACCCCCAUGUUCUUCAUUCUCUCUCCUGGAGUUGACCCACUAAAGGACGUGGAGAAGCAUGGACGGAAGCUGGGCUACACGUUCGACAACCGAAACUUCCACAAUGUGUCUCUGGGCCAGGGGCAGGAGGUGGUGGCCGAGCAGACUCUGGACUUAGCUGCCCGUGAAGGUCACUGGGUCAUAUUACAGAACAUCCACCUGGUGGCCAAGUGGCUGGGCACUCUGGAGAAGAAGCUGGAACAGCAUGGUGAUGGGAGCCACCAGGACUUCCGUGUCUUUAUCAGUGCUGAGCCUUCCUCUAGCCCUGAGGGUCACAUCAUCCCACAGGGCAUCCUGGAAAACUCCAUCAAAAUCACCAACGAGCCGCCACUGGGCAUGCACGCGAACCUGCACAAAGCCCUGGACAACUUCAAUCAGGACACACUGGAAAUGUGCGCUCGCGAGAACGAGUUCAAAAGCAUCCUGUUCGCUCUGUGUUACUUCCACGCCGUGGUGGCCGAGAGACGCAAGUUCGGCCCUCAAGGCUGGAACAGGAGCUACCCCUUCAACACCGGUGACCUCACCAUCUCCGUCAAUGUCCUCUACAACUACCUGGAGGCCAACAGUAAGGUGCCGUAUGAUGACCUACGCUAUCUUUUCGGGGAGAUAAUGUACGGCGGCCAUAUCACAGAUGACUGGGACCGCAGGCUGUGCCGCACAUAUCUGGAGGAGUUCAUCAAGCCGGAGAUGAUGGAGGGAGAGCUGUACCUGGCCCCAGGCUUCCCCCUGCCUGGCAACAUGGAUUAUAACGGCUAUCACCAGUAUAUCGAUGAUGCGCUGCCUGCAGAAUCACCCUAUCUAUACGGCCUGCACCCCAACGCUGAGAUCGGCUUCCUCACCCAGACUUCAGAAAAGCUCUUCCGCACUGUGCUGGAAAUGCAGCCCAGAGACGGAGGCUCUGGUGAGGGCAGCGGCACCUCACGAGAUGAGAAGGUGAAAGCGAUCCUGGACGAGAUCCUGGAAAAGCUUCCAGAAGAGUUUAACAUGGUGGAGCUGAUGGGAAAGUUGGAGGAGAGGAGUCCAUAUGUGGUGGUGGCCCUGCAGGAGUGUGAGCGCAUGAACAUCCUCACACAGGAGAUCAAACGCUCACUUAAAGAGCUCAAUCUGGGCCUGAAGGGCGAGCUUACGAUGACCAAUGACAUGGAGAACCUGCAGAACGCCAUCUACCUGGACCAGGUGCCUGACUCAUGGACGAAGCGGGCGUACCCGUCCAUGUGCGGUCUGGCGCUGUGGUUCACUGACCUGUUGAACCGAAUCCGUGAGCUGGAGAGCUGGAGCUCAGACUUCAGCCUGCCCCCGGCUGUCUGGCUGGCCGGCUUCUUCAACCCACAGUCCUUCCUCACGGCCAUCAUGCAGUCCAUGGCUCGCCGCAACGAGUGGCCGUUGGACAAGAUGAGCCUGCAGUGUGACGUCACCAAGAAGAGCCGUGAAGACUUCAGCUCACCCCCAAGGGAGGGAGCCUACGUGCAUGGCCUGUUCAUGGAGGGAGCCCGCUGGGACACGCAGGCUGGAGUCAUGGUGGACGCCCGUCUGAAAGAGCUGACACCUGCCGUCCCAGUCAUCUUCAUCAAGGCCGUCCCUGUGGACAAGCAGGAGACACGGAACGUGUACCAGUGUCCCGUCUACAAGACCAGACAGAGGGGGCCUACGUAUGUGUGGACGUUCAACCUGAAAACCAAAGAGAAUCCAUCCAAAUGGACACUGGCGGGUGUGGCGCUACUUCUGCAGAUAUAGAACACAAACUUGCAGAUGCUUAUGAGUACAAACAUAUUAGGGCGGCGCAUUAUUCGUUAUUCGUCAUUGCGAUAUUGAUGGUAUCUCAGAAGGCUUCAAUAUUUAAAUUAGCUCUCUAACAAAGUGCUCUGAAAGAAUGUUUCAGGGUCAUUUUGAUGAUUUGAGGCAUUAAUAUAAGCCAAUGUAAAUAAUGAUACUGAUAAUAAUACUGGAUAAAAUAUCAAGGGUUCCAGUGUAUUAAAUUAGAAGAUCAAUCACAAUAUGAAGCAAUCUGAUCACAAUUAAGUCUAUAUCUACUGAGUAACCAUUAUUUUGAUAAUCUUUUUGUUUUGUUUAUUUUUAAACCAGAGGCCAAACAUUUAAAAAUGGGUUUGCACAACUUGCAGAUAAGGGCUUAUCUGUAGCAGUACAUAUUGCAGUAUAUAUAUAUAUAUAUAUAUAUAUAUAUAUAUAUAUAUAGAUACAGUUCUGUCCAAAAGUCUUAGUCUUAUUUAUCUCAUCAUAUGUCAUUAGAAUAAAUACAAAUAAACAUAAAUACAGUAAAAAGUAAAGAGAAUUUAUUUAAAACAUAAAGAAAAGUUGUUGAUAUCGUGUAAGCUAGUUUGACGAACAAAGUUCAUCACCAGCACACCUGAUUGAGCAAGAUGAACAAAUGAUUAGCCAAACCAGACCUAGAUGAUAACUACAGUUACACUGUGCUUUCACAAGGAGAGGUUUGGAAAUGAUUGAACAGAUACAUUCAUAUACACAAAAUAACUAUUUUUUGUAGUUAUUCUAAUAUUAGGGUUUUUGCUGACCACAUAACCAGCUUUUUAAUUCUAAUUUUCUCAGGUGGCCUAAAAACCUGUACAUGGUAUCACAUACACGUUAUUUAAACUGUAUUAUCAGGGUAUUUGCAAGAAUCAACAAAAGGUUUAGUUUUAAGUGUUUUAAGUAGUUGGAGUAUCACUGCUGUGUUAAUGAUCAUUUCUGCUAGUAUUUCAGUGCAGGGUUUAAUGCUACUAAAGCCAGCUCUUCCUAACCACGAAUAUUUGAAGCAUUAACAGGAAUCUGUUAAAUACGGCUUCAUAAUGGUCUGUGGAAACUCUGCGUAUCAGUCAGAUUACAAACUAAACCACAAGCCGAUAAAGUGAGAAUGUAACAGAGUAAUGGUGACAAUCCUAAUUCGCUACAGUUCUCUUUCCACAUCAUACAGCCCUAAUAUGUAUGUAGUUUUGGUGGCAAUAUUUACCACCAUAAAGACACAACUGCAUUUUGCACCUUUAGUCAAAAGGAAAUCUCUCUGUUACUUUUUAUAGAGGUUUUAUCUUUUUUAAUCAAAAUGUAUAUUUUUAUAAUUCUAUAUGAUGGGAUGCUGAAUACUGUAACCUGUGUACCCAGAUACAAGCUGUAAAAUAAAAGAAUCAGUGCCAGUCUAUGUGAUAGUAGAGUAUGCAGAAUAAUUCAGAGGUGCCUGAAAUGCCAAAUGCUUAAAUUGUGCAGAACUGUAGCACCCGAUUGUUUUUAUAACUACCUUCUUUUUAUUAAAAGUAAUAGCUAUUCUUUA